AUGGCACGGCGAAUGCGGCUGCUUGACCCUCGCCAGAGGGUCGGAGGCGUACCUCAUGAGGUCCUUGCAUCGCAGUUGGAAGGUAAGCGACGCGUAGCUGAAGCAGAACAAGCGGAAGACGCAUUCUACGCGCAGAGUGCGGUCCUGCAGGAUCAGAUCCUGCAAACUGUGGAGGGCAUGAAGGCCCUGCGCGCCCGCGACAGACAAAUGGCAGUGGUAGAUUAUUCCCUGGCCAACUUGCGCAAGGAGCAGCGCCGAGAGUACGCGCUCAGUGAUCCGGAUGCUCUGAAGAGGGAGACACUGCCUGAUCCAGAGGACCCCUCUUUCGGACCUAGUUCUAUGCUCAAGUUCCCCAGCCACGGCAAAGCCUCGGCGGAAGCAAAGCGUCAGAGUCAGGAGGAUCAAGCUGCCUGGCUGGAGUAUCAGGUACAGGAGAAGCUGGACCGGCAAGCGCAAGAAAAGGCGUUCGACAAGCUCCACGAUGAUCGCGCAAUGCUUGCUUCGCAAGUCAGAGCAGUUUGCGAAGAUAACGAGAUGCAGGAGCAACGGGACGCCAAAUGCGAAGAAGCCGCUGAGAACCUCCGACUGGCCCAAGCUGCUAAGGAGCUACAACAGGCGAAAAAGGCAGAAGACGAUGCACUGAAGCAGAAGCAUAUAGAUACGGUACUGAACUCGGAGUGGAUUGGAGAGAUGCACGACGCUAAGAUCGGCCUGACUGGAAAGCCCAUGAAGGCCGAAUACAAGAGGCUGACCUUGGAGGAAGAGCAGGAGAUCUACAACUCCAACGCGCGGCAGCUCUUAGACAAGCAAGCCAAGAAGAACCGAGAAAUCCUGGAAAAGGCAGAAGACGCCUCAAAGAUUCACUGCAAUGUUGCAGUCCUGGGCGCGCUUGAAGAAGAACGUGUCCGGCAGCAGCAGGAGCGCAGGAUGCGCAUGGUGGAGGAAAACAAGAGGCUGGCAUUUGCCAAGAAGGAAGCUGACAGGGGAGAACGGAUUGAGUACUUCAAGUACGAUCCGUGA